AUGCACAGGUCGCGGCUAAAAAUCGAAGACAAGGAGCUCGACUUUGAGUUUGAAAUCAUCAACGUGCAGUUUAACGAAGUGGGACAUUACCGCUUGCGACUGACGGUGGAAAACCCACUUCUCGAAGGGUCUGGGGUGGGCGUCCAGCUGCAGGUGAAUGAUGGUGAUGUGUUGUGCACAAACACGGGAAGCACCGAUAUCAUUGCUCAGACCGAUGUCAAUGAAAUCCACUCCGUCCUCAAGAAGAAAUUUGUUUUCAGGCUUCCUAAAGGUUACUGUCAAAAUGAUAAAAACCAUGAUGUCCGGCUGCGUAUCGAAGCCUUUCGCAUAACUGGCUCAUCCCUAAAGGGCGCAAAGAAGAAGGGGGAGGCAUUUUUUGCCAUCUACCCUCGCACGAAUGCACCCAGAAUAAAUGUUUUUGCGAAGGAAAAUGAGGACUUUUACUGUUACAGCAAUAUCGUGGCUCUGCUGCGUGUACAGGACGACAAGCUCACAAUGCAUUGUGGGAGGAUGGCUUGCAACGUGUCCUUUCACGAGGUGAGGCUCCCGAAGGAAGUGGCGCCCCAGAGUGAUUCUUCGCCCCUGAGGAGCAAAGAGGGAGGGUACUCUCAGCUCCUUACCCCAAGAUUACCCCGAGUGCCAACACUGGAAGUGCCUCCAUCUUCUACAGCAUCACCACAGCAAUGGACACCUACUCCAGCAUGGCAUUCACCAAUCCCUCAGAAUGGAUCUGUGGAAGAAACCAAUCCCGAUCCUUCUCCGGAACCUCCUGAAGAAAGUCCGCCUCCUAGUUCAGUGGAGGAGCAUAGUAUCCAUCAGCGGUUGCCAAGUGAUUCCAGCCUCCAUCUUUCAUCACCUGAGCGCACACCUGUGAGGACCCCUGAAAAAUUUCCUCACAUGCAUGUAAUGGAAACUCCACCUGGAAAGAUGGAACCGACACUCACAUCUCCAACCAAUGAGGAGCAUGUUUCAAGACCUGGGAAGGAGUCUAUUAGCAUAAUCCUGCAUGGAGCAACAGACCUUCCGGCUCUCAGUGAUGGUUCUGUGCCUCAACCCUUUGGGACAGCUAAGAGUGGAUCAGAUGGAGAGAAACAGCAAAGAGCUCAGGGUGUUACCCACGCCACCAUCCAACCGACUCACUCACCAUCCUGGGAGGAAAAGGUAACAGUGGAGAUAGAUGAGGUGAAUGCCAAGGAUGAAGUGGUGGUCCUGGACAUUGCGGACAGCAGAACCAAGGAACUAUUAGCCAGUUACCGUGUACCUAUCACCUAUCUGCAGAUGUUUCAUCAUUACCAUGUCGAGCUGAUACAGCCCCACCCCAGCAUCCCGUCUGGCGUUCGAUUGUACAUCAGCAUCGUUCGAAAAGGCUGCAUCAUCCCUCGUCAAGAAGGCUUCGCUUUCACCGGGUUUGAGGUUCUGCUUCGAGCUGUGGAGAAUCCACUGAAGGACUCCAAGGGCCCACUCCUUGCAGUGGCCAGAAUAGUGCCUGACUAUGAAUCCUACAAAGACACAGUAUUGAUGAAGUCUCCCUGGUUGGCUGGUAUUAAUACCACCAUGAUAAAAUACCCAAGCCUGUACCGGUCCUUUUUUGAUGUUCCUCGUCACGCCAGCCAAGGUCACCCACAGGUGUCCCAUGCAGGUGUCCCUCAGGAGCAACCAGUUUGGAAUUAUUCCUUCCUGUUCCAGGGCCGAGACUGUGCUACCCUCUUCACUUCAGGAGCGGCACUCGUGCUCGAGUAUUAUUCCAUUACCGCAGUGAUGAACACCGUCAGCUGGUACAUCCGUAGCCCACUGGGGUUCUCAGUGGUGCCUCUGGACCAGGGCGUCUACCACAAGCUAAUGGCAGAAAGUGGAGGCCGUGGAUUGCGGGUAAAUGGCUUACCUGUGCAGGGCAGCAACUUGAGAACAACGUUCAACACCAAUCCCACCGUGGGGCUCAUUCUCCGUCUAAUUGGCUCUGAGCGACCGGAUUCAGUUCUCACUGGCACUGAUCCCCGCCAUUCGUCUACCCUGGACUCCAAAUCACUGGGCAGGCCCCAACAACAAACCCUGAAUGUUGCAUCACCUGCUGUCAACCCAGAAAUGUCUUCAAGACUACACCUGGCAAAUAUGGAAGAGGGGACCCAAUUGUCAACCCUGGAUGGGAUUCCCGAGUUGCCAACAGCACGAUACGGAAAGCUAGCGAGCUGGUGUCGGGGUGCCCAACCCUUUAAGGGAUGGGAUGCCGCCUCCAACAGCUGGUGGUCACUCGGAGGGUUGGCAGCUCCUCUGUCCCAGCCUGUGGCAGAGGGUGCAGGUCCAGCAUCGGGCCUUUCAGCCACCUCAGGGCCCACGACCCCAGAGUGGAAGGAAGUCACCCUCGGACCUGAGGGACUGUGUAAGAAGGAAAAGAAGAGGAAGGUGGUCAUUGCUGGGACUGCACCCAUCCUGGAGAAGCUGUCUGGGUGCCAUCCUUGGAAGCAGUGCAGUGCAGAAGGUGUGCUGCACUGCCAGCGGAACCAGGACAGCUUUGUGACCAUGCUUCAAAGCCCUGUCUACUUGUUCAGAAAAGGGGACAGUUAUUCCUGGGUUUACGCUGGAUGUUUUAAUUUUGGAGGUGGCUGGUUUAUGCUCAGAAUGCGUCAAAUGGCUGCAUACUACAGGCCCUUUACAGCAACUCUUCGGCAGGACAGAGUUAAUCUUCCACCCUACGAUGCACUGGCACAAAUUCUUCCGGAGUACGACUACCUUUUCCACAGUCCCCAGCCAAAGGAGAGGCAGGAGAGAGCGCAGCAGCAGCCAGUCAGAGCUCCCAAUCCUCUGCAGACCCAACAAAUUGCUGUGCCCUCCCAGAAAAGGGAAUCUACAAUUGAGGACCCAACUGUCAGCCAGGAAAUCACACGUCACGAAACAGAGGAGCUGGAUAAUUAUCGGGCAGCCAUGCAGAAGAUGGCUGAAGACAUCAUCCACUUGAGGAAAGACAUCGCAAGGAUGGAGGCUGAAAACAGUAAAUUGCGGAGCGAACUGAGUUCACAUCAAGACCUAGGCCGCACACUGCUGGAUGACUCGGACAUCGAUGUAAUGACUAAGGCAGAAAUAGCGGACAGAAUAGUUUUAUUGAGGCAGAAACUGGCCACUGAGUCUGCAGAGCUUCUAAAUUGCAAAGAUAAAGUGCAACAGCUUCAGAAUGAGUUGAUUCGGAAGAACGAUCGUGAGGCUGAACUCCUCCGGUUGCAGAAAGCCCAUCAGCAGCAACAAGCUGUGUUACAAAAAUACCAGGAAAAAAUGCACAAAUCAAAGAUUCUGGAAGACACUAUACGGAAACAAGAAAAGGUUAUAGAAAGAAUGGAGACUCUUUUGGACAAAAGGUUGAAAGAAAGACCAAGAGAGAAACCCGAUGCAUCUAAAAAACGUACAGGGUUUACUGAUGACAGUGUAAGGAAGGAGGUGGAGUCUGUUCUGUUGGCAGAGAAUGCCCGGUUGCGGGACGAAAUAGGAAAGUUACGACACCAGACUGCACCCAUCAUUCUCCAGCAACCAGUGCUCUCAGUGAAGGAAUCCCUUUCCGACACAGAGAAACUGAGUCUACUCGCGAAAUUGGAAAAGGCUCAGGGCCGUAUACAAACGCUGGAGACACUGUUGGAGGAGAAUUCACGGAAAUGGGGGCGAGACAAACAGGAGAUGUUGACAAGGCUCUCUGAGUAUGAACACGGUUUCUCCAGAGCCUCCACUGUGGUGUUACAUGACUUUCCCUUGAAAAAUGUAUCAGAUUCAGUUUUGACCCAAAAUCGACAUGGAGUGCUUGACCCUUUGGCGUGAAUUUCAGAAGAGGAGUCUACACACAGCAUAUUAAGAGAACGUUUAAUUUGGGUGCCGGGCCAAAUCAAAAAUGAGCAUUGUGACUAGUCGCUAAAUCGAAGCGGGUCAUAUUAAUUUAAAACAAAUCAAAUAGUCCUUUAUCGCAAAAGAUUCUGGCUAGUUUUCCACACAAAGCUCUAAUACAGAAAUGUUGAAUGUAAAGAAAUAUAUAUAUAUUGUUAUUUUCACAAAGCCGUUAAUGUAUUUUAUUAAUAAUUGUUAUGUAUGUUCUUAAUAACAAUG